AUGUCGAACUGUCUUGUAACACCUCAUAUCAAAUCAAAACUUGAAAUUAUAUGUGUCAAAAUUAGAUUUUAUUUCCCACACUGGUAUUGUAGCAGCAAUAUACGAGCAUACCGAUAUGGCGUUUCUCGAAGUACAGAGAGUCCCGUUCUUGAUGAUAUUGUCAUGUCUUACCUAUUUGCUCAGUGGCGAGAAGAUUUUGUCCACGGGUGGGUAAAAAUGGCUGUGACUCAUGAAACACAGGAAGAAUGUCUUGGAAUGGCUGUUCUUGAUAUAAUGAGAAUGGCCAAAGAAAAGGACCAAACUCCAUUGGCCAUUUACAAUUCUGUAAGCUACAAAAUGUUUUUGCCAAAAUGCAUCAGAGAAAAAAUUCAAGAAUAUCAUAUUUUGACACGAAAAAGAAUAAGGUACAGAUUCCGGAAAUUUAUUCAACAAUUCAGCCAGUGCAAAACAACUGCCAGAAAUCUGAAACUGAAGUAUCUCAUUAAUUUGGAAAGCCUCCAGUCUGCCUUUUACUCAGAAGAGUUUAAAGUGAAGGAUCCUGGAAGAGAACCUACAAAUGCAGAAUCUUUUGCAACCAUUAUUAUAAGUGGAAAUGGCGGGAUACAGUGUUCCAGAGGAAAACAAAAUGCCAGUGAGGUGCUUGCAGAUGAGGACAUACAAACCUACUGUGAUUUUCCUGAUAUUAUAGAUGUCAGUAUUAAGCAAGCAAAUCAAGAAAGUUCUGGAGAAAGUAGAAUUGUAACCAUUCACAAGCAGGACAGCAAGAAUCUGGUACUGAGCUAACUUUGGUGACUUUGUGUUAAGAGUAUUAACACAAAGUCAAAUAGAUUGGUCAAAUAGAUUGGAUAAUAUGCUUUGCAUUUUAGCAUUACUUUGGUAUCUAAUACAGCCACAGAAAGCAAUUAUAGAAACAGUUAUUUCUACAGUGUAUAAUAAAAUUAUU